AUGGACACGCAGGACGCCGUGACUGGCGCCAAGAAGCGCGUGUUGGAUGAGGACCAGCGCGCCAAGAACCGACUCAUUGUCAAGCGCUGCUACUACAAUAAGCUGAACACGCUCAGCGAGCUGCGGGAUCAAGUGGAAACGCUGGAAGCCGAGUUCGAGCGUCUGAUAGCUGCCCAACACGAGCGAGAUGCACAGCCAACGAUACUCGACGAAGCGAAAGAAGACUCAAAGGACGCCAGCUCCGCCUUGCACACUGCGUACGUGCAGUUAGCCCAGCUGAAACACGCCCUGACCAAGGAGAACGCCGAGCUCAAGCGACUCGAGGUCAUGCACACUUCAAUGGAGAAGCAGGUCGCCCAGUUUGCCGCCGCUCAGGACAAGGCCAUCGCAGCAGCGCGUCAGGUUCAAGAGGAUAAACGCGCCAACCCGAUCCUUGUAGUGAACCCGCUGACGCUGGACCAGUGCAACACGAUUGCGCGUGAGGCCUACGAAGAGAUCCAGGCGUACCGAGAGAGCGAGACGUGCUUUACCACGGGCGCGAACAUGUUUGGCUGGAGAGACCGUCACCUGCUACAGCCUGACAAGCUCACGUUCUCGCUGGAGAAGGUUUUCCUAGGGAGGUCACUGGAGGAAGUAUCGAUGGGAACGUGGAACGUUUUAUCGCAGCCUGAGCUACUCGCAAGCAUGUUCCCGCGCGACGUCAAGCCCCACUUCCACGUGACCCAGCGACUGGACGAGAACACGGUCAUCUACCACCACACUCUCGAGCGGGAGGACACGGAAGUGCGAACGAGAGCGUUUAUUCUGCUCAUGCGCGUGGAGCUUGGGCCCGAUAGAUGCAUGGUGCUCUAUCGAAGCCUCGACCCUAAGGCUUAUCUCCAGCACGAAGGUGACUUGACCAUACGUGAUCCGCGCGGACGCAAGAAGGUGGAGCCGCAGAAGGAAGAUGUCUGGAUGAACGUGUUCGUUUGGGCGAUUUUUGAGCGUGUGGGUGACUGCGGAGAGCAUUGCAAGGACGAUUUUGGCGGUGUGAUCGACGGCACAGAGCUCGCAAGCGCCGGGUGGUGGUGUCUCGAGAUUUUGCAGAUUGCCAUGCGCGUCGAGGCCCAUGUCAUAGGCCCCCAGGCGCUCCUUGUGCAGUGA